CGCCCUGGGAAGCAGCAAGCGGUUGGGGCAGAGGGCAACUUACUUAUUUUCCCUUGCAAAAAGCCAAGAUGAACUGUCGUUCGGAGGUGCUGGAGAUAUCGGUCGAGGGUCGCCAAAUUGAAGAGGCCAUGCUAGCUGUUUUGCACACCAUACUGCUCCAUCGCAGCACGGGAAAGUUCCAUUACAAGAAGGAAGGGACCUACUCGAUUGGGACAGUUGGCACACAAGAUGUUGACUGUGACUUCAUUGAUUUCACCUACGUCAGGGUCACUUCAGACGAGCUCGAUCGUGCAUUGAAAAAGGCUGUUGGGGAAUUCAAGGAUGCACUGCGGAACUCGGGCAAUGAUGGGAUGGGCCAGAUCUCUCUGGAGUUCUACCAGAAGAAGAAAUCACGGUGGCCCUUCUCAGAUGAGUGCAUUCCCUGGGAAGUGUGGAUGGUCAAAGUGAACGUGGUGAGCCUGGCUAAUGAACAGGAACGGCAGAUCUGCCGUGAGAAAGUGGGCGAGAAACUCUGUGAAAAGAUCAUCAACAUCGUGGAAGUGAUGAAUCGACACGAGUACCUCCCCAAGAUGCCCACCCAGUCUGAGGUGGACAAUGUCUUUGAUACGGGGCUGCGGGAUGUGCAGCCUUACCUGUACAAGAUUUCUUACCAGAUCACUGACUCACUUGGAACCUCGGUCACUACCACCAUGCGACGCCUCAUCAAGGACACCCUGGCACUCUGAUGUCCAUAGGGACUGUGGACCUGACGUCACUGGAAGGCAUCGUGAGUGACGGGCUUCUGCCUUCACUAAGCCCCAAAUCUAUCCGGGAGUCUUGACAUCCAGAUGCCCCGUUCUAAUUCAUUAACUCCCAAACCCCUUCAGGGCAAGGAUGGAACUAGCUUUGGACACCAGUUCACUAGAUCCCAGCUUCUCUCACUUGCAAUACGGAAUGGACAGCAGGAGGCCUCCCUCAGUCCCUUUUCCCAUUAGCAUUAGCUCUAUUAGAUGAACUGCAGUGUAUCUCUCUGUGGGAGAAAAUGGUGUGCAUGUUUCAUUAAUAUUUUCCUGAUGUUGCCAUGUGGUAAGUCCAAGCUUGGUGCUUUCCAUGAGCCCUAAAAUUGUAUUUAGACCAGAUGCCUUGAUUUCUUAAUAGUGGGAUCUUUUGCAAAUCUGCCAGGGCUGGGGUUACUUCCCUUGGCAAAAUGGGUGCCUUCCUGAUAAUCUACUUGUUAUCCAUAGUUCACCUCCGGCUUUAGAAUAAUUGAAUUUGAUUACAAGACCCCUAUCCUUCUGUGCAUGACUUCCAGGGCAGCAGCGUGUAAAGGGCACAGUGCCCAUGUUUUUGUUGAGAGACCGGGUUGCAAAAAGGAGCUAUUCCAGCCCUCAUCAAGGACACAGUUCCUUUCUUGGUAGAGUUUGGAAGUCAGAAGCUUGCAUUUCUAGAAAUGGUAAAGAUCCUCUAAGUCUUGUAUAUAUUUUUCCAAUGUAAUGUUAUGUGUAUAAAAAAUACCCUGAGAAUUAAAAAAGAAAGGAAAAAGCAAA